CAACGGACCAGGAAGUUUAUUGUGUAUCGCUAGUAAAAAAAUAAUUACUAAUGGAAUCUUCAUCACUCCGAUUGUGUGAUAAUUGUGAACAUCGCCAUAUUUCAACCGCUGCAGUUGCAUGGUGUCCAGAUUGCGACGAAGCUCUUUGCUCGGAAUGUAAGGACCAUCACGAUGCUUCAAAAAUUGCGAAAUUCCACAAAACUAUAUCACUAACGGAGUUCGACAAAUUACCGUCAUUUAUCAAAGACACCAGUGUCUACUGCACGGACCAUGACCAGAGAUGUGAAUUGUAUUGUUGUAGUCAUCGACAGUGUUGUUGUAUUGUGUGUUUAAAAGAAUCACAUUGUCAAUGUGAAAAGCUGGACACAAUACAAGAUGUUAUAAAAAACGUAAAGACCUCUCCAGUGCUAGAAGAUUUUGAAAACGAUUUGAAGUGUAUAAUGACCAAUUUUGAUUCUUUAAUUCAAAACAGACUGGAGAACAAAACUAGAAUAAAUGCACAGAAAUUGGCAUUUAUUGAAGAAAUUCAAAGUGUCCGCAAAUUGCUAAACGACAAAUUGGAUGAAAUGGUAAAACGUUUGAAAGAUACGAUGGCAGCGAACGUAGAAGAAGUUGGUUUGGAUUUGGAUAAUCUUGUACAUGAUUUAGACGUCCAUAAAAGCCACAUUAGCACUCUGCAGGAGGAACUGAAAACGGCCAUUAAUAUCGCAACUGAUCUGCAAGUCUUCUUGGGACUGAAACCGUUAGAACUUAAAGUAGAAGAAGAACUUUCAUAUUUAGAAACACUACAAACGAACAAAGCAAUGGAUGAAGUUGAUCUGGUGCUUGACAUAGCUCCUACUACGAGAGCAAUAUCUGAAGGCAGCGAAUCUUUUGGUGAAAUUUCACAGUCCAGAAAACGUAAUGACUUAGAAUUGGGUGUGAGAAAGAAGGAACAAGCACAAAUUUUAUUACCAUCUGUUAAUGAAUUGUCGAAUAUACAAUUUUCUGAAAUUGCAAGUUUUCAGUUAUCACAAGGAGAAAACGGUAUGCUCAUACUAGGCUGCACCAUAUUGCCAGAAGGACUGUUGGUAUUUUCCGAUAGCUGCAACAAUCGAUUAAUUAUAUGUGACAGUGACAGUACUUUUCAACGUGAAAUACCUUUAUCGUUUUCACCCCGAACUGUUGUGUAUAUUAAUAAUUCAAAUGUUGGUGUGACUUGUCAGUCCUCCAGUAAAGUCGUACUUGUUGAACUAAUAACUGGUAAAAUUGUGUCGACGUUCUCGACAUUUGAUCCAUGUUACGGUAUAAGUUUUCGAAAUGACACACUGACUAUAAGAAUAUCUGGAUAUUUCUUAUUGACUACUCUUUCUGGGGAAGUGAAAGCCAGGUUGAAGGCAAUUGGCUCGACACAUUGUUGUACAGGAGAGGAUAGCAUAUUUUCAUCAAGUUCGUCCAGCCAUAGAGUAUUAUGCUUUAACAACGAUGGCGAUCUUACUUGGCAGUUUCAGGAUUCGAAGUUACAAUCUCCAAAAGAUGUGGCCGUAGACGAAAAUGGUUUUGUAUUAGCAGUAGGUGAAAUUUCAAAUAACUGCUUUGCAAUCUCUCCUGAUGGACAAACAGGCCGGGAAAUAUUAAGUAACUUAGACUAUCCCUACUCACUAGCUUUUGAUAAAACUUCAAAAUUAAUGGUAAUCACAAACAAAAAGGGUUCCGUUAGAGUUUACAACAAAAAUUGAGAACUGGAAAUUUAAAUUCUUUAGAGGAUGUUGCUUCCUAAUCAUGUCUUACAAUACCAGUUGAGAAGAAAACAGAUAUUGUAAGCUCAAUUAUUUAUAAAGAACAUUGAAUAUAUAAAGUAGACUUAACUUUGAUGGAAAAUAAAAUGUUUGUGGCGAAUUGAAAUAAUAACUUAAUACACAAACUUAUACAUCAGUAUGCGUUAUUUAGGUAGCAUCCUAAUAUCUACAUAAAACUAAUCAAAGUACUGAAGUACUGAACAUCGGAUGACCGCAAGUUCUGGUGGAUGGUCACAAGCACUUGUCUCAGAAAAAAAAAUAAUAUCUCUAUACCUGAAAGUUAGGUAAGGUACAUAGAUAUGUUUUUUUUCUGAGACAAGUUCUUGUGUGGAUGAUGAAUAAAUGACAGGGAAUUAAACCUCACCGUAAUAAUUAUUAUAUUGUAAUGAUAUAAUCAUUUGUUAUCAGUAUACUCUGGUUUGUUGUUAUAUAUUAUAUUAAUAUUUGUAUACCAGUUAUAUCAUGUAUAUAUAUAGCAGAUAAUCUAAAUACCUCCACAGGCAAAUUUUCAUCCAUUUAUAUAUCAUUCUAUUCUUCUAUUCUAAUGAUAGUGCAGUGCAAGUGCACGGUGGACACUCUUCUGUAAUAAUUCGUUUUUCAAAUAGAUUGGAUUUGAGUAGGCAUUCAUAUUUCCCGCUUUUGUUGCAAAACGUUCUCGAGAUAUUCUUCCGCUUGCGUUGAGCACAAAAAGUUUAUUAGAAAUCUUUUGUUUUGCUUUAUUCUUAAUCCUUGGUCAAUUUGUAGUAAAAACAAUCCUAUCUGAGCAUAAUGCGACUUAUAUUGCAAUUUUCACAGCUCAAUUUAUACUGACUGUAAAGUAUGACUUUAAUAGAAAAUACUUGAAAAUUUCAUUUUGGACUACAGGAACAUUAACUUUCAAUAUCAAGAUCAGGUUUGGUUGAUUUUUCCUUGUUUUUCCUACUGCUUGAAAGACUUUCCACAAUUUUUACAAUGAGUUUAGUAAAAAAAUCCAAGGUUUUGAAGAGUCAAGGAAUAAUGACCCCCCUUUUUUCACCAGGUGUCAGUAAUGGGACUAUUAAUUGAUAAAAAGUGCAAUUAUGGUCAUUAAACUGCUUUAUUUACUAUCAGUCAAUAAAAUUAAAGGUAGAAAACUUUCAUUUGAGACAAUAAAUGGGAUUGUGGUGAGUUUAUGCACUGUUUACAUUAGGCUAUAUUAUCUGUCAAAUACAUGGUAUGAUGCAAUGAUAUAAGGGAUAAAA